ACUUUCUCGAGCAUAACAAAAACACAGCUCCACACAGACACAAACUAUCGGGAUUACUCUCGCGCCAUGUCGAGCCAUUUUAUUGAGAAUUACUUUGACGAAGCAGAUGUGUUCAACAUCGAACAACACAAGUACAUCCAUGCUGGUCAUAGUGGAAAGGGACGGUCCAAACGUGAGGUCCAGCAGAGGACGAAUGCCCACGACCCGAACGGACACACUCGCAAAACCGUACAGAAACUGAUGAACAACAAACACAAACAACAGCCCACCUGAAUACUUCCAUAAAGAAAAUUCCAGGCCAGUUUCUCCGAUAAUGACAAGGAAACGAAUAAAGGCUCAAACGGGAAGACUUGCGAAUAUGAACCGCGAAAACUGGUGCAUGUGCAUGCGUCCAACGGUCGGGCUGACAACAUUAAUGUUACGUCCUUAUUAAGUUCCUGACCACUGCCAGUCGACUGUAGCAUCUCAGUUUAUAGAUUACAAAUAAAUGUAACAGAAAGUACUCUCAUUUUGUUCUUGCAGUUAUGGAGGGUCGAUACAACAGUGGACCAGUAUGGCACAGGGACCAGUAUUUUUUUCCUGUAAUAAUGGUAUAACAGUAGGGGGUCUAUACGCCAUACCACCCUCUAAUAAACGAGGUGGUAUGGUAUAGACCCCUACUAUCAUUAUUACAGACAAAAUUACCGGCUCCGGUGAGAAUGUGAUAAAUACAGCAAUUUAGAAAUUCAUUUGUACGAUUCAUUAAAUCGUAUUUAUAAUUUAUCAAAUCGUUUGUACAAUUCAACAUAUCGUUUGUACAAUUGGUUAAAUAGUAUACAUUGUAUAGAAUACCAUUUAUUAAAUGGUAUUUCAUCUAUUUAAGAUAGAAAGAUGUAUUACUGUCUUUCCUUGGAAAUAAUGUAGGUUAUUUCUGUUCCAGUUGAUCAAACGACAUGGAUGUAGGCAAUUCGAUGUAUGGUAUAGAAACAACGUUCAGAGGCCUUAUUGCAAAAUGUUCGAUGCUAUUUUUAGAUUGAAUGUAAUACUGCAUAAAGAAUUGUAACUUCCGCAGAAAACACUGUCUAAAUGUGUUCGCAAUGUUUCAUAAACGUGUUUCGCAACCAUAUAUAUAUAUAUAACCAUAUAUAUGAUCAUAUAUUUCGUAUUACCAUAAGCAGUGUGUACUCAAUUGUAUGAACGGUUCAGUAAAUCGUUUGAACCAUUUGAUAUAUAUCGAAUUGUACGAAAGAUUUAAUUAAUAAGUCAUUUGAACCGUUUGAUAAAUUAAUCGCUCGAACUAUUUCCGAUAUUGUAAAAUAAAUCGUUCUAACAGUGGAAGUAUUUUAUCCAAAAUUGCAUAUUUUCUGCCUUUUUGACAUAUGUACUUCUUACAUAUAAUCAUAUUUCAUUUCGUACUCUUUCAAGGCGUAGUUUAAGGGGGGGGGGGGGGGGGGGGGGGACUUGCCUUGGUGGUCGAGCAAUCUCUGAAUCUAGUGCUCUGUGGAGAUUUGGUUCCUGCAGGUCGUGAGUUUAUAUAUAUAUAUAAAAUCAACAAUUUGGGAGGAACAAGUGUAAGCUAGUACGAGUUAAUAAAUUCAGUAGUUGCUAGGAAGCGGACGUUAAGGUUGAUUGGCCCAUUGAUCAUUGAACCUCAGGACAAUGACUUAUAAAACAUUCAAGCAACUGAUCGUGUUUACGUAAACAUACAUAAUCUCGUAUAAGAUCUAGUUGUGCAAUAUUACUACCUCAUAAAUGCAGAUAAGGCAUUACAUUGGCUAUAGACAUAAUUAAUCAGUUGUGUAUUAAUUAGCAGUAUGCAUCUAUGUUGGAAAUAUGCAGGGUUUUUUCUCUCUCCGAAUGUGUUGAACACCUGAAAACGUACCGCAUGGCAUUGCAGCUUCGUCUUCCAAGUAUUAAUUCAGCUCAUCUGCAUGAGGUGAAAGUUCAAGUGAAUCCUAUUCAGGUUAUGUUUAGUCAGGCGACUGUCUGUCUGGCGUAAACAUCUGCACAUUUUCUACUUCUCUUAAUCUGACGAUUAAAAUUAAUAAUAAUAAUAAUACUUUAUUAUAUAGCUUAUAAAUAGUCUAAUAUAAAAUCUGCGUAAAAUCUAGAGAAUGUUAGCGUUCAAUAUCUUGAGAAUUUAUUGAACGCUAACUUUGCAUUGCGUAAAUUGUGUGCGCCCGAAACAUUCCGAGUAUGAGCGUUCAAUAUUGACGUUACCGUAACGACGUAAACAAGCCAAAAUGUCAAACGACGGUCCUCCGAAUCUGACAGAGCCGGUAUUUGAUAUUUACUUAAGCAAAAUGUUUUACUGUACAUAGAUUAUGAUGUCCCCAUUUACAAAAUCAGUUUGCUUCAUGCAUUAAUGACGGGUUAAAUAUUGAACAGUUAAGAAAUGCAUGCUGUUAUUACACACUGCCAAUAUUGAUGAAUUCUCGUCUAUUUUGGAGUAGUUUGAGUGAAAAGGGAUAUGAUUUAACAACUAAAUAAUAAAAGGGUUAUUGAACUUAUAUAGGUGAAU